CUUAACUUCCUUUACUUCCGCCAUGUGGCGAAAUGUCUUGUUCUUGAUCUCGUAACAGCGCUGAUAAACAUUCUCAUUAAUAAUUGACUAAAGGAACAUAGUAGUCAUCCUCACAACUUGACCGGUACAGCAUGCCUCAAAAUGAACAUAUUGAGUUGCACAGGAAGCGCCAUGGUCGUCGACUUGACUACCAUGAAAGAAAGAGGAAGAAGGAAGGCCGCAGGGCUCAUGAGAUGGCAGACAAAGCGAAAAAGCUACGUGGAAUAAAGGCAAAAUUGUACAACAAGAAACGUCACUCAGAGAAAAUACAGAUGAAGAAAACUAUAAAGAUGCAUGAAGAGAGAAAGACGCGCCAGAAGACAACCGACGAUGUCCCCGAGGGAGCUGUCCCCGCAUACCUUCUCGACAGAGAGGGACAGAGUCGAGCCAAGGUCCUCUCCAACAUGAUCAAACAAAAGAGAAAGGAGAAGGCUGGAAAAUGGGAUGUUCCCUUGCCGAAAGUGAGAGGAAUGAGUGAAGCAGAAGUAUUUAAAGUGGUGAAAACUGGAAAAACUAAAAGAAAAGCAUGGAAGAGAAUGGUAACAAAAGUAACAUAUGUUGGGGAAGGUUUCACAAGAAAGCCACCGAAAUUUGAACGAUUUAUAAGACCAAUGGCAUUGAGAUUUAAGAAGGCACAUGUAACACACCCAGAGCUGAAAGCGACAUUUCACCUGCCUAUUAUUGGUGUCAAGAAGAACCCCAGCUCACCCAUGUACACAUCUCUUGGUGUAAUUACUAAAGGAACUGUUAUUGAGGUUAACAUUAGUGAAUUGGGUUUAGUUACUCAGGGAGGAAAAGUUAUAUGGGGAAAGUAUGCACAAGUGACAAACAAUCCAGAAAACGAUGGAUGCAUAAAUGCUGUACUUCUGGUAUAGGAAUAACUUGACAAUUCUUAAUGUAUUGACUUAAGAACUAAAGAGAAAAGGGGCAUAUCCUGAUAUGAUUUGAUGGGGGACUACUUUAACCAAGAAGUAUCUUCAUGGUAUUUAAUUAAACACACUCAUUUUUACGAACCCACAGUUCCAUAUGAUCUGACGACAGUUCUGGUGGGUAUUAAAUGGCUGCAGUGUUUGAAAAGAUAAUUGCCUUCUUUCUACUAUGAUGUGAUACCCUGGAUACUUGGAUGUAAAAUAAUAAAUGUCCAGCCUUCAAAAUUUAGAUCAUCUUGAAAUGGCAAUUUUGUGCAGAUAGUAACUAAUAAUGCUGUUGCAGAUCAGUUUUGUAACAGCACUGCCGAUUGCCGUCGUGAAUUUUGAAGGCUGAAUGUCCCAUGUGCAUCUUGGACCUGCUGUGGAAUGGUGGUAUGCUGAAGCCUCACCAUUUUCCAUGCGUUUGUGGCACUUUCUUAGAAUAACUUGAGUUUGUAUACAGAUGAGACUGGAUUUGGGUGAAAUGUAGUUCAUUUCAAACAGCUAACUUAAUUUAUUCAUCAAGUAUUUGAGAAUUAUGAUGAUGACUGGUUUGUUUUCAUGACGAUUGUUAAUGAAAGACUUAAUAAGCUGUUGCGAAAUAAAGACAUUUUAUAUAACAUGACUUGUGUGUCUGCAUGGUGGUUGUCAAUGAAAGGCAUAAUGGUAAUAAAAAAUGUGAAAUACAGAUAUUUCAUAUGACAUGCU